GUGGUGAGGGAGGGUGGCCAGUCGCCAGGCAGUGGCGUGGAAUGUUGGCGGAGAGCCGCCAAGGGGUGGGCGCCUAAUCCCGUUUUGCCAGGACAGAUGGGAGCAGCGGAGUGAGAGUUCGAGGCACUGGGAGCUGCGAAGAGACAGCACAUUGUCUGGGCUGCAGGCCAGCAAAUGAUAAACAGCUCUGCUUGCUCCUUUUUGGAUUGUGCCAUUUGAAUCCUGUUUUACGGUGGUUUUCUGCUGCCUCAGCUGCUUUAUCACUGAAAAUCCACCUAAUCGCCCGAUCUUUGGAGUGCCUCAUAUUGAGGUUGCAGCAAACUGACAUUUUUGGAAUUAUAUUGAAGCUGGGUGACUUUCAUUAAAAUUGGAACAAUGAGAAUAGCAGGUCCAAUAAAACUUGGGGUUGUCAUUGUAGUGUCUUUGCUGAUGGGUUAUCUUGCAUUCCAAAUAUUUGAAAUCAAAAUCAAUGCAAAUUUCAAAUCAAUAUUUACCAGAUCACAAGACAAUCAAGUACAAAUAACAAAGGCACCAAAAUACAAAUGUGGCCUCGCAAAGCCUUGCCCUGAGAAUCAUUUUGCAUUCAAAAUGGCCAGUGGAGCAGCAAAUGUUGUUGGUCCCAAAAUCUGUAUUGAAGAUAAAAUCGUAAUGAGUGGUGUUAAGAACAAUGUUGGUCGGGGUAUGAACAUUGCUACAGUAAAUGGUAAAACUGGUGAAUUAUUGGAGACUAAAUUUUUUGACCUUUGGGGUGCAGAAGUACAACCUUUCAUUGAGUUCCUGAAAGCUCUAAAGGAUGGAACAAUAGUAUUUAUGGCUACUUUUGAUGAUGCAGCAACCAAACUUAAUGAUUUGGCAAGGCAGCUUGUAAGUGAAUUGGGGAGUUCAUCCAUCUCGAAACUCAGCUUCAGAGACAGCUGGGUAUUUGUUGGUGCAAAAGGGAUUCAAUCAAAGAGUCCUUUUGAACAGCAUGUAAAGAAUAAUAAAAACACAAACAAAUAUGAAGGCUGGCCAGAAGUUUUAGAGAUGGAAGGAUGUGUUCCCCCGAAAAAAGAAUAAAAACCUUCGAGAAUAAAUUAUAUUUUUAACAUAAUUUCUUUGUUUUGACUUGACCAGAUUUCUGUUCAUUUUUCUUUUAAUCUUACCAUUUGUUUGUCAAUUUAGUCCCUUACAAUCACAGCUUUUAAAAAAUAUAUUAAGAAACAGCCGUCGGAAGCUCGAGUCCAUGCAGGGUCUAAAACAUUGAUGGCUGUUUCCCCCUCAACCCUGUAACAAACCUUUUGUUCACUUAAAUUUCAUUUUGGAAGAAUAACAGAACUGGAUCAAAACUGGUCAGAAAUAGUUCAUGUUUUCUGGAAAACAGAACUUGAUUGAUCCAUUGUGUUGCAUGUUUAUAAAUGUAAUGUGGUUUACGGUAAAGGAAUUGGAUGACAUAUUGUGCACUUAUAGUUUUUGUAUAAGUUGAUAGUAUUUGUACAAGUCGUUCUUCCAAAGCUGUAAUGUGAAAAAACCAAAGUCCAGAGCUUGGGCUAGAAAAUUAACUGUGUGAUGAAUGUCAUCUAAGCACUUGUAAUUCACAAAUGACUUCAAACCAAAUUUCUGUAUUUCUUGUGCUUGGAAUCAAAAAUUAUUUGUGUGUAUCUUUUUUCCUUUUAAUCUCAUGUUUUAUCUUUUUGCAUUGGUAAAUAUUAGUGAAUCUAUGCUGCAUCGCAGGCGAUUGGGGAGUAAUGUUUGGUUAUACUCAUUUGUUCUGCCGGAUGAUUUGUAAAGCCUGUUAGGUGUGGAUGUAAUGAAACUACUUGUUUUCAGUUUAAUGUUAUGUUGCCUCUAAUCCUUCACAACUAAUGUUCAUUAACAUUAGAACAGUGAAUUUCACAUCUUUUUAUAUAGAGAUUAGGCAUUCCUGUGGAAGCUUGAAUCUUUUUCCACAAAGUAUCACCAAACACAGGGAAAACUAUUGUUUUAAUGGGUCUUUGUAAAGUAGGAGACAACAACAAAAUCAGCAUGUUAAAUCAAAAAGUAAAUGCAGCACAAGAAAUUGGUGACAGUAAUUGAAGGUGAUAUUAAUUGUGUUAAUAUAUAUGGAAGUGAAAGUGAAAUCAUUGUUCUAGAUUCAAAAACUUUAAAACUGACACAUUUACUAUUUCUAUAAGGUGAACAAUUUUACUACAUUAUCUGCCAUUUCUACGUUUGUCUGUUAUAAUGUGCAGGCACCUUAAAAGGCUCUGAAUUUUUGUAAUGAUGCAUAUGUCACUUAUUGGUUUGCAAAAUGAAUCACCAGCUCAGAUUUAAUUCAUGACUUUGUGUGUAAUUGAGAGUUCACGCUGUUUGACUGUAAAUAUUAAUGCCUUGAAAUUAUCUAUAGAUAUGAAGGGAGAGGUAAAACAAAAUGAUUCUUUUCCUGAAAGGGAGAAAUGAAAAUAUCCAAUUAUUUUUAAGUCAGCUGUUUUUGCACUUCGUUAAUGUAAAGUAUUUGUGUAUGAAUGUGGCUUUUAUGGUAAUGAUCUUAAAUACAGAACUCAUGGAAUUCAAAACUACUGUAAUAUACAGAUAAAGAAAUAGGGUCAAAAUGAAUUAUGUGCUUAUUAAUGCUUAAAUUCAGAUCUAAAUAGUCACAAGGUUGUGCAGAUGUUUGAACUUUCAUUUAAUAGAAUUUUUCUGCUCUCUGCAUGCAAUACAGUGAGUUGAAAGUGCCAAAA